GCUGCCCUCCGUGACCUCGAGGACUGCAGCCUGGCCACUUCGGGUGCCUGUUUCCUCUGUAGCAAAUCCCCCGCGGGGUGACUGGGGCUUGCCGCUCUCUAGGAAGGAGCGGGUUCAGGGGCUUCUUUCUCCAGUCUGACUCUCCGAAUGUGGAGAGAGGAGGGCAAGGGCGUCGCCGUGACCUUGUUGUGCCCGUGCGGGGCAGCAACGCGGAGCUCGGGCAGCCGAAAAACGGGUUGUGUGCGCGCGCGGGGAAGAUAAAAGAGAGCUCGUGGUGGUGGUGGGAGGGUUGCCCAGGACGGAGGAGGACGCCGAAGAGGAGAGGAGAACGAGAAGGCGGCAGCACGCUGCGCUCGUCCGCCGCUUCCUCUCCAGUGGGGAGCAAAUCCUACGGGCAGUCGGACGAGGAGCGCCUCCCUCGCCGCCUCCUCCUCCUCAGCCCGAAAGCGUCCCCUCGCUUUCCUUUGCUCCUCGCCCGCCGCCUCCUCGGUUGUUCCGUGAGGGCGUCCAAAGCCGCCUCUUCCCGCCCCCUGGGCUCGCUGCGGAGAAGGCCAGCAGGCCCUGCCCACUUAGCGUGCGACUGAGGGCGGGGGCUGCUGAGCUGAGGAGGCUUCGCCGCAUCGGCGAGCGGAGAGGCGGCGGCGCUGCUGCUGCUUCUGGUGGCGGCUGUGGCGGCAGCAGCAGCAGCACCGAUGGCUCCUGCGGGCGGCGGCUCGACGGCGGGGAAGAUGGCGCCGUCUCACGUCCUCAAGUGCUGCCAGAGGGUGCUGGCGUGGGUGCCCGUGGCCUUCAUCGCCCUGGUCGUGGCCUGGUCCUACUACGCCUACGUGGUGGAGCUCUGUGUGUUUACAAUUACCUCAACUGGAGAAAAAGUUGUCUACCUUGUGGUUUUUCAUCUGUCGUUUGUCAUGUUUGUGUGGUCCUAUUGGAAGACAAUUUUUACAUCUCCCGCCUCCCCUUCCAAUGAGUUCUGCUUGUCCAAAUCCGAUAAGGAGCAAUAUGAAAAAGAAGAGAGACCAGAAUCCCAACAGGAACUUCUGAGAAGAGCUGCUAAAGACCUGCCCAUCUAUACAACAACAACAUCCAGAGCCAUAAGAUACUGUGAUCGGUGCCAACUAAUCAAGCCUGAUCGAUGUCACCACUGUUCUGCCUGUGACCUAUGUGUACUGAAAAUGGAUCAUCAUUGUCCUUGGGUGAAUAACUGCGUGGGAUUUUCUAAUUACAAGUUUUUCCUCCUGUUCUUAUUUUAUUCCCUCCUGUAUUGUCUGUUCGUUGCUGCUACGGUGCUACAGUAUUUUAUAAAGUUUUGGACACUUUGCCGCAGGAAAUCUGCCGAGAAUUGUCCAAAGAAUGAACUGCAAGAUACACGUGCAAAAUUCCAUGUUCUCUUUCUCUUCUUUGUGGCUGCCAUGUUCUUCAUCAGCAUACUGUCACUUUUCAGCUACCAUUGUUGGCUAGUGGGCAAAAACAGAUCAACAAUCGAAGCUUUCCGGGCCCCCAUGUUUCGAAAUGGACCUGACAAAAAUGGCUUUUCUCUUGGAUGCAGCAAAAACCUGAAGGAGGUUUUUGGUGAUGAAAAGAAGUACUGGUUGCUGCCUAUUUUUACAAGCUUGGGAGAUGGCUGUAACUUUCCAACGCGCCUAGUGAUUAUGGAUCCAGAGCAACUUACUGUCUCAAGCCAAAAUGAAGCUGCCAAAAGCUCUGGUCCCAGCCAGCCGUUUCCUGCUAGACCACUCAGCGAGUCCCAAAAUCGAUUGCUGGCCAAUGAAAACCAGUGGGUGGAAGUCUGUUCAGAAGAUGACAAUGUUAAAUCAGGUGUAAAAAAGCAGAUCAUAGUUUCAUUGGAAAGUUGAUCUUGGUUUCAGUCUCCAUCCUCCUCCGUGUGGGGAAAAAGAUGGUUUCUACAAUACACUUGUGCUUGGAUAUUACUUAAUUUUAUAUGGAAGACACUGAUAUAUCAAUGGAACAGUGCAAGCAUGUUAACAGGAUAUGAAAAAUGAAAACCCUGUAUGGUAUACAAUGGGCACUUAUAAGCACUGUUGCUGAAUAGGAAGGUUGCUGCCUUAAGAUUCUUGACGUGCAUUUGUGCAACAUGGACUUAAGCCGCUACAAGGGCCAAAUCCAGAAAUGCCCUGCAAGGGUGCGCAAGCCUCUGAAGUGCAGAAACUAUGCAUUCCAACUGCACUGCAACGAAGGGGACUAAUUCUUCAAAGAUCAUGUGAGAGACAGUGCCAUGCCAGUAUGUUGCAGGAGCGAUGUCCAUAGUAGGUCUGUAGGGAAAAGCCGGGGGGCGGGGAGGAGGAGGAGGAGGAAGGUAUGCUGUUCAACAUAGGGUAUGGCCAUUGAAACUGCACAGUACAGUAAAACACUCUCUGGUGGACUAGUGACAUGAUGAUGCAUCUUUGCGUUCUCCACCACCAUUCUCAGCUAACCAGUGGAGCUGGUAGGUGUUGCUAAGCAGCCCAGCCAAGACCUUGGCGUUUUUAGUCUUCUCGGAUAUUGAAGUUAUUUUCCUUCAGUCUUGCUUUGUUGCAAAGCAAUAUCAAACAAGUAAUGUUAUUCAAUUGCUUGUUUGCUCUGGAAAUUGGAUCCAUGGGCAAUUUAGUACAUUAGCCUGGAAAAUUAAUUUUCUUAACUUUUACUUUUGUUUUGUUUUCUAAAGAGAACUGAUAUUUUAAUUUCUUACAUUCGGUUAAUCUAAGCCAUAUCAGGAAUGUCAUUCAGUACAAGUUUUUUCUUCUUGUAGAUACAUUUACUUGAAUAUUAUUGCAUCCUCUUUCUGAAUGGUAGUCCCAAAAUACAAAUCCCCUAUAAAGCUGGUUGAUAGAACAUAGAACAUUUCUCCAGCUACCUUAGGACCAAAUGCUGAGACGCCCUGUUUACUUUCUUUGUUUAAGACAAAGGAAACCGAUAUGUACCCAGCCUUAUAGGGGUGGAUUUACAAGGCUCCUACCCAAUAAUAUUCCUUGAGUAAAGUGGGGCAGAAGGGACACAAGGAAGAGCAUCUUUGUCAUCUGGGAUCCCAAGACCACAGUCUCCUUCCGACAGUGUGACACAGGAUCCUGUCCUUAGGCAUACAUCUGUAUCUGAGCAAGUAAUGUCAGUAAUAUGGUAACUAUUGUGGUGGCUUCAUCUCUCCCUAUCCAUGUUCAGAGGCUUGUAUGCCCCUUGAAUACAGGCUUCAUUUUGAUCAGUUCACUAGGGGCUCUGGUGUGGUGGUGGGUAUGGUGUGUGACCCAGCGGAGUUCUGUUGUUUUAGCUAGCUCUGCUUCCAGAGAAGAGACCAGAGAGUCCUGGUAUGAGAGAUGGGCGGGGGGGGGGGCAGCAGGUGGUCUAUGAAAUGCAAACUUGACUGUGUACCUUCCCUGCCCUGUUAUCCCAUCUUGAUCUGUUUAUUUUAAUGCCCUAAUCUUAGUAUCUGUAAAUUUUAGUUGUAAAUUGUAUUUCAGCUGGUCAAACCUUGUUUAAAGAUCAUAAAAAUCAGAAAGCCACUGUCAUAAUACCUUUCUUAGGACCAACCAAAAAUGACACAAAGUUGUGAGUAGCAAGCUUUUUGAUUCUCCAGAACUCUUCAUCAGGCUGGAUGGCAAAGCAGGAGUGGGGUGGGAGGGAGAAGCUGAGCUGAUAAAACAUUCUCAACACUUUUUAGUAGACAUUUUCUUGUGUGAUAGAAGGGAAAGUUGUCUCACUUCACAAAUCUUAGCCAGCAAGGGAGUGGUGUGCAAAAUAUCUGCUACAGUUUGAGCUAUUUUAUAAUGACUUCAUGGAUCCAUAACAACAGCCCUGCUGGAUCAGGCCCAAGGCCCAUCUAGUCCAACAUCCUGUUUUACACAGUGGCCCACCACAUGCCUCUGGGAGCCUAUAGGCAGAAGUUGAGGGCAUGGCCUCUCUCCGGCUAUUACUCCCCUGCAACUGGUACUCAGAGGCAUUCUGCCUCUGAGGCUGGAGGGGGCCUAUAGCCCUCCGACUAGUAGCCGUUGAUAGACCUCUCCUCCAUGAAGUUAUCCAAACCCCUCUUAAAGCCAUCCAGAUGUCCUAGAUUAGCUUGUGAAAUGAGCAGGGAGCUAAAAUAGUGGGGAUUUUCUUUUGUCAGUAGCCAUUCUCCUAUGUCCUCUUGUGCACAUGCUUCCAGUGCUUCUGGACCUCUGUCCCCUUACUCUGAUCCUGGGGUCUUGCCCUGCCACCUGCACUUAAGGCCUCAGUAUUUCAGCUUGAAGAAAGCACCAUGCCGGUUGCUUCCCUGGAGCAGCUGGAGAGAUAAUGAGUCUGCUAUGACUUCUUAUGCUCUGUUCCAAGGCUCACAGCUCCUUGCACGAUUUAGGAGUUGUAGCCAGUGACUUCCCCUUAGGGUUCAAGCAAGCGGAGUGGAACUCUCCUGCUCUGUCUUCUUUUCUUUUUUAAAAGCCGUAUAUAACUUUUACCUCAACAGCUUCAAAAGGGGCAGGGAUGGGACUGAAUAAAUCUUGGAAGCCAAAACCACAUACUGAUGAAUUGUGCUUCAGCAGAAAUUUCAUUUUUAUAGUACGUCAAAAAACAUUGUGUGUGUGUAAAAUGAAUGGGAUAACAGGGUUUGCUUAGUAAUGUGUACAUAGGAAUAAAGGCCCAUCUGAACGUAGGGUUUGCAUAUUUCCGAUGGUGCAUUCCUCCCGCCCCCGCCCCCGCCGUCUUGUUGGAGUUACUUAAAACUACAUUUCCAUAUUUAUUAUUUUAGAGUACUCUUCUGCGGUCCUUAAACUACUUUAGAAGUGCCCCACCAGUGACUGGUAAAAUCUACCAAAACAUCUGUAUAUUAGAUGGUCAGAAAUUGUUUGCAGUAUCUAAAAUAUUAUUAAUAUAUAGGGCAUCUUAUCAGUAUGGUGAAAUACCACCAAAAAUUACAGUGUGUAUAGGCUGUUAUAUUGAAAGAUGUGUUUACAGGCUUCCUUACAGUAUCUUUUCAAAGUAUUUUGCUGGUCAUCAGCAGAUCACUUUGCGCAUCAUACAUCUUUUUUCAGAAAUAGCUUCUUGUAUGCACAUUUACUUUUGAUGCUAGUAAAGACACCUUGCAUUCUACAAGCCAUAGGUAUAUGCUUGCAUAUGUCUGUCCCUGGAAGUUCCCCUUCCCAGUGGUUAUUGAGUGACAAUAAUAUCAGAGGCAUGGCUUGACUCACUGGCUGCUAUGAGUUCAACCAUCAUAAGCCUAGAUGAUAAAUGUAAAGUAGUGGGCAACAUCCAGAUUAGUUAUUAAUGCCUAAGCACCAUUGAAAUCAAUGAGACACGUUGGUUAUGAGUAAUUUUAAGUCCCACUUAAUUUCAAUGGGACUUGGUCUGGAUAUUGCCUUGUUCUUGGACUUUUCUAGUAAGUGAGGUUCAGGGAUUACAUAUGAACCAGAUCCCAACUUUGCAUUUUUUUGGUAGAAAUGUUACUUCUCCAAAAUGAAUGAACCAGUUGUCCAGAUCCAAAUAUCUUUUUAUAUACACCAGCCAUAAUAAUAUAUGAUAAUAUGAAAUCAGAUCAUAGCUACCUAACAAUGUAUUGGAAAAACUUUUCACUUAAUCUUCGCAAGGGCCUUUAUUCCGAAGCACCACAGGAAUUGGUGAAAGAAAAUAGACAUGAUUAACCCAUUAAUUUCAAUGGAAUUUAAAUCACGAUUUAGGCAUGAUGUUGCCCACUGUGUUUUCCAGAUAUUACUUGAAUCUUCUAAAUGGAAGAAUCUGUGUUUACAAAAUAAAUUGCUGAAGAUGAGCUUUGGAAGAUCCUUCAGCAAACAGUGAGAUGAGAUGGCUGGUAACUUAAAAGAGUUGGAAGGGACACUGGAGGUCAUCUAGUCCAACUCGCUGUUCAAUGCAGGAAGCACCAAGCUCCUACAGCAUCUGUGUCAGACUUAGUCAUGUGUUAAGACAUCAGGCUCUUCCAUUUCUUGGUACCAAAGAACUAGUAGCCUAUACAUGUUAUAUAGCUCACAACAUUAUGUUGCAAUGUUGCAGACUCCCAGAAUUCUGGGAUUAUACCAGGGCACCUCAGUAGUAAGUGGUUUAAGGAUUGCAGCCUUUUACCUCAAUCCUAAAUGCAUGUUUGGAAGUCAUAUCGAUUUCUAAAUAGAUGCUUUAGAACUGCUGGUAAAGUGCAUAUGAGAACUUUCUUCCCCACCCCACCCCAGUGUAAAUUGUGUGGCCAUAAGAACAGCACCCCUAGUUUAUCUUUGGAGUUGCCACAGUCUGUGUGUGUGCCAGCAGGUAUGUCAAAUACAUUGCACUGUAUUUAUGACAAAGGUGUAUGCAAGUAUUUUACUUAAUGUAGGUAUCUCCACUGAGCUAGGUACACUUGUAAGUAUUCAAAUUUGAAUUGGUAUAAGAUAACUUGGAGGUGGAUAUGUGAAUAACAUCAUUUUUUAUGUUGCAGAUAGGAAAACUCCUAUGCACAAAGAAAACAUAUUGCCAUUAAUGGUUUAAUAUUUCAAGUGACUUUUAAAAUGGGCUUUUAUAAAUUGUACAAGAACACAGAUCACUUUGCCUGAAAUUUUCAUAUUUUUAACUGCACCUUGUAAUAUCUUCAUGUGAAUUUUUCACCAAUGUAAUAAUUUUAGAUCAUGUUGAAUAUUUUGUACAUCAAAGUGCAGCCUUCCAUUCAUAUCUAAUUCCUGAUCAAUGGAAAACAUGCAUCCUCUUCAAUCCCUCCUUUUGCCAAAGUGGUGAUACAUUAAUGGAAUAUGACACAAUGAAUGCAAGCAAAACUAAAUAAAUAAAUACCUUGAAAGUA